AUGAAAAUGAAUAGACAAACUUCACUCAUGUUUCUUUUCACUCUGGUCUUCAUCUUUGCCUUCUCCUCAUCGGUUAAUGCCAUGCCAAAGAGAAUCAAAAAAAGAGCGUCAUGUCCUCAAGUCACCAAAUCUUGCAUAUUGCAUAGCGCAAAAAUUCCUGACGGCAGAAUUGACUUCCAACAACAGACCGAUUGCACAGUGUUUAUCCAAGGAAAUCUCGCAUUUUUCCCAAAUCAAUUAAAUGAAUCCAAUGACAUUCGUAACUACGAUAUCCAUGUUGUUAUAGACGGAAGAGAUGUAGACAACUCCCAAGUCGAUCUGGAAGAUAUUGUCGUUCCAGUUGCUGAUCAUCGUGUUGAUGUACCUUUUAUCAAAGAAUUUGCUGCUCAAAGUGUUUUUCCCUCAGAUUUCUUUACUAGCACAAAUAAAUACUUUUGUAAAGUUGCAUAUGACCCAACUGGAGAUACGCUUCUUGCAACUGCCCCGGUUAUUCCUGCACCCUAG